CGGGGUUCGGUGAUAUUUUUACAAUAAUGAACUGACUCGGGUUUGAUUUGGGAUCUGUGCACACACGAUGAGUGAGUGUGGGUUAAGGAGACUUUUCCUAACCCUCCUCUUGCUUGACAUUGGAGGAAGCACCACUGUUCAAGGCGAACCUGGGGCAGGAAAAGUUGUCUGGGAAAAAUGGAGCCACGACUAUCUGAAGAACAGCAAGCGUUUUCUGUAUGACACCUUUCCUAAAAACUUUAUGUGGGGCGUGGGAAGCUCCGCGUUUCAGAUUGAAGGAGGUUGGAAAAAGGAUGGAAAAGGACCUUCUGUUUGGGAUCACUUCACCCACAAUGAAUUUUCCAGAUUCAACAACACAACUGCGGAUAUUUCCAGUAACAGCUACACCUUCCUUGACAAGGACUUGGCGGCUCUUGAAUUUCUGGGUGUUACUUCUUACCUCUUCUCCAUCUCCUGGCCCCGGUUAUUUCCAAACGGGAAGGUGGAAUCUGUCAACAGCAAGGGCCUCCAGUACUACAACACACUCAUUGACUCACUAAUACAGAGAAAAAUUAUUCCCAUUGUCACCCUCUACCACUGGGACCUGCCUUUCGCAUUGCAAGAACAACACGGAGGCUGGACGAGCGAGGCUAUGAUUGGCAUAUUUAAUGAAUACGCUAAAUUCUGCUUUCAGACUUUUGGGAAUCGUGUUAAAUACUGGAUCACAAUCCAUAAUCCUUUCCUAAUUGCCUGGCAUGGAUACAAAACAGGAAGCUAUCCCCCAGGACAGAGGGACAAUCUUGCAGCGAUGUAUGUUGCGGGGCACAACAUGAUUAAGGCACAUGCAAAAGCCUGGCACACUUAUGAAAAGGAAUUUCGCCAGUCACAGAAAGGUUUUGUGUCCAUAGUGUUGGGCUCCCAUUGGAUUAAGCCGAAGAGUGAGAACUAUAACUACAAAAAUUUCCAGCAGUCCAUGGACAUGAUGCUUGGGUGGUUUGCCAAACCAAUCUUUGUAGAUGGUGACUAUCCCAAGAGCUUGAAAACACAAAUCGAUCUUCCUCUGCCUGAGUUCACUGAAAAAGAAAAGAUCUUCAUCAAUGGAACUGCAGAUUUCUUUGCAUUCUCUUUUGGGCCAAAUAACUUUCGAUUACUGGAAGAUACUCUCAAACUUAGAGAUCAUUUAUCACUCCACCUUGGACAAGUCUUGAACUGGAUAAAGAUGGAAUACAACAACCCUAGGAUUUUUAUUGCAGAGAAUGGAUGGUUUUCUAAUAACAGUGUUAAAACAGAAGAUACGGUUGCUAUUUACCUUAUGAAAAAAUUCAUAAAUGAGCUAUUAAAAGCUGUCCGCUUUGAUGGAGUCAACGUGUUUGGGUACACCGCAUGGUCUCUGCUGGAUGGCUUUGAAUGGCAGUUUGGCUACACUGUCGCACGGGGGUUGUUUUAUGUGGAUUUCAGCAACAAAAACAAACCCAGGGUUGCAAAAUCUUCCGCUCGGUUCUACAAACAAAUUAUAGAACAGAAUGGAUUCCCAGUGAGUGAGGUUAGCCGCAGUGUGAACGGACAGUUCCCGUGUGACUUCUCCUGGGGAAUUGCAGAGACGGCGCUGCCGGUAAAUAAAGCAAUCUUUUCUCCUGAGUUUGCUGAUCACAGCCUUUAUAUUUGGAACUGCAGUGGAGAUCAGAAGCUUUACAAAGUCACUGGUGUGACCAUGUGGCCCCGUCCAGUUCAAUGCACUGAUUUCAGCAACUUCAAACAACACGUGGCGUUGGUGAGAAGGAUGAACGUGACUCACUACAGUUUCGCCUUCAAGUGGUCCCAGAUAUUACCCCGCGGCGACCUGUCCAGUGUGAACAGAAGCAUUCUGAGUUACUAUCGCUGUAUCAUCAGUGAACUGUUAAAAUUGAAUAUUGCGUGCACCAUCACUUUGUAUCAUCCAACAUACCGCGAUAUUGACGUACCUGAACCGCUGCAGGCGGACGGAGGGUGGCUGAAUAAACAGACAGCUGUGGCUUUCAACGAUUAUGCCAAUUUGUGUUUUCAAGAAUUUGGCCAUUUGGUUAAAUUAUGGCUCACAAUGAAUGAACCGAAUAUAGAGAAUUCGGUUCAGAGAAGCCGCGACAUCUACAAGGCAGCACACAACAUGCUGAUCGCUCAUGCCCUGGCCUGGCAUACGUACAACAGGAACUACAGGGAGAAACAGCGUGGUCUUGUGUCUCUGACACUGCGUGCUGACUGGGCGGAACCAGCAAACCCUUUCCUUGAAUCCCACCGGCAAGCUGCCGAGAGAAUCCUGCAAUUCCAGAUAGCCUGGUUUGCAGAUCCAAUUUUUAAAACUGGCGACUACCCACUUGCUAUGAGAAAUUACAUUCUCCAGAAAAAUGUAAACAAUCUUACGAAAUCACGUUUGCCACAUUUCACUGAAGAGGAAAAACAAAUGAUUAGUGGGAGUGCAGACUUCUUUGCUAUGAGCCAUUUUACCACAAGGCUCGUUUUACACAAACCUAAAACUGGCACCAGGUAUGAAAUGGAUCACGAUGGGAGCUUACUGAGAGAUGUAACUUUGAUGACAUUCCCAUCUCCCUCCCAUUCACUCUUUCCUUUCUUCUCCCGCCGCCAAAAUCAUUCCGAGAUGGCAGUCGCACCGGCGGGGAUACGUAAGGUUUUGGAAUGGAUCAAAUCCCACUAUGGAAAUAUGGACAUUUACAUCACGGCGAACGGAGUUUGGGACAGUUCCGCCGUCAGUGAUGAACUUCGAAUAUAUUAUCAUAAACAGUAUAUUAAUGAGAUGUUGAAAGCACAUCUUUUCGACCAAGUUAAUGUCAAAGGAUACUUUGCCUUGAAAUUAAAGGAUAAAAUUUCAAAUAAGCAGUCCACGAGAUUCCUCAAUGCUUCUGAACCAAAGACUUCAUUAGAAUUUUACAACAAACUCAUCAGUGCCAAUGGCUUUCCUUUGGGAACGUCUGGCAAACAAUGUGCAAACGGGAAUGACAUGCCGGCACAAUGUCCCAUGUGUACGUUUAUAAGAGAGAAAAAAGUAUUUAUAUUUUUAGGGUUCUGUCUCCUACUUAUCACUGUGCUCCUUGCUGCGAUUAUAAUCAUUUACAGAAGAAAAUAAAACAGUGGAGUCUUAAACCUACAACUUCAGGAAAGUAUCCCCUGGCAAGUCGGUUUUGCAGUUCAUACGAUUAUAAACACAGCUUAUACGUUUAGCUGGCUCGAAACCAUAUUUUUCCACUGAAUGCAAAAACAAAAGUCGGGGAAUGAUAUCAUUGGAACCGUUGCAAAAAGUAAAGGCAACUGACAAAAGGCGAAGGACCGUGAAUUAACAGCAUCAGUGCAUUCCAGUUUUACGAUGCUUCUGAUUUCUGAAUGGGAGACAAAUUUGAGUAUCUUAUCCGCAUUUGUUAGAGAUUUUGACCAUGGAUUUUUAUCAAAAUAGGUAUCGGAGUCACAUUUCCUUGUAACUUAUUUACAAACUGUUCACAUCUAAGAAUCGCCUGCAUUAAGCAUUAACAAUAUAUAAAUUAUGAACAAAGGUCUGCUGGAAGUGUACGACUGGAAUCCGAAGGGAAAAACUGGAUAUGUGGCUUUCAUCAGACAUGCAUAGUAAGGGAGACCUAAAACAUCCAAUCAUGUAACAUAAUUACUCCGGGCGCAGUGUGAACUAGUUGGUUAAUAAAUUCUUCACCGAGAUGCUGAAGUGUAUAAAUUUACGGGUUUGUCAAUACCAUUCUAGUGCAGAUGGAUUCAGGAUAACAUUUCGGAUGUUUCAAUUGCUUGGUUGGAUAAAUCAGGUGCUAACUAUAACGUCCACAAUUCGAAAAUCAUGCAUUGGGUUACUUUCGUUGUAUCAACCAUAAAGAUUACCUUGGUUUAACUUAAAGACCAGUAAGAUUUAAAAAAAGCGUAGAUUAUGGUGAUAUAGCACCAGAAUCUACACGGGUGAAGUAAUAAAUGGGCAUAGAAUACUCCACAAAAUUAUGAUCUGCAUUAUUAAAAAAUUACAGCAUCCUAAAAUACACGUUUUAAAAUACUCUAAUCCUAGACAGAACUUGACUUAAAAUUCUCAGAGCCCCAAAUACAACGUGCAAAGAUUUUACCUUUACGUUUUAUGUGAAUUGGGGAAAAAUCCGAGUCAGCCAGCAAUGAAACAGGAAUGGAAUUAUAUUAAACGGCGCUGAAUCAUACAACACAUCUGGAAUCGGCCCAUCACUAGACAAGCAGAAGACAUCUGUUUUAUCCAACCAAGCAAUUGAAACAUCCGAAAUUUUAUCCUGAAUGCUCUGAGAUUGACUCCCACGGCUGGUUGUCGUUUAAACUCAUUCACUUCGUCUUGGAGAAUUGUUAGCCUUGUUUUACUGGCCGUGGAGUCGAUGGUCAGUAAACAAAAAACAAAGUGAAAGAGGUAUUGCAUGUAUUUGAAUAUUUCCAUCGAUGGAAUGUUUGCAUGCAUGUGUAUUUAAUUUCAUACAUCUCAACAGGCUUUGCUAUAGCUAGAAACUAUAAUUUUGAAACUUGCAGUGUGACCAACGUAUUUCUUUAUAUGAAAUGUGUUAUUUUAAUUAAAACGUGUAUAUGCACAUUUUUAAUACUUCAUGUUUGAGUUCCCUUUUCACUCCUUUGUAGAAAGACAAG